UCCUCAUUUGCGCUAGCGUUGACGUAUCCUGCGUCUGCGUUCAAAUCCGAAGUCGUCGUGACGCAUUCGAACGUCUGAGGAAAGAACAGAGUGCCGUUCGGUUGACUUGUAGGUCGUAUUCGAGGUAUGCGUCGUUUCGGUGCCCAGGCACGGUCGCGUCACGGUUCGAUUGGUUGCGGUCAGUGGUUCCUGCCGAAAAAUCGACGAUUGGGUCAUAUUUAGAGCGUCUGCUCGUACUACGAAAAAAGAGAUAGCAAUCCUCUUGUCCAUGGCUCUCCGUAGUCCAUGCACGGGACCGUGUUGGGACUUCUCGAAAUUCUUUUUUUGUGAAGAUGGCAACAAGUGCCGUCCAUCCCGUCCGUCGAAGGUAGUAGUGACAGUGGGUGUGCGCGUGUGUGGUGCGUGAGUGGUUGUGUGCCAAUGGCUGUUGAACUGGGCCUGCGGGUGGUUCGUGGGCCCGACUGGAAGUGGGCGAACCAGGAUGGUGGCGAGGGACAUGUGGGCACCCUCGUGGAGAUUGGCGAACCUGGGAGCACAUCUUCACCAGAUCGCACUGUGGUGGUGCAGUGGGACUCGGGCUCCCGUACCAACUACCGCGUCGGCUACCAGGGCGCAUACGACCUACGAGUCUUCGACAAUGCCCCAGCCGGUGUGAAACAUCCGAACAUCAUAUGUGACGCUUGUGUCAAGCGUGGCAUCAGUGGCACCCGGUGGAAAUGCACACGUUGCUAUGAUUUCGACUUGUGCAACCAGUGCUACAUGGCGGACAAGCAUGACCUUACCCACACGUUUGUUCGCUACGACACUGCUGGCUCCGCGGGGAUAGAGAUGCCCAGGAGGCAAGGUGCUGCCAAGAUUCAAGCACGGGGAAUAUUCGCCGGUGCCAAGGUUGUUCGGGGUCCCGACUGGGACUGGGGCAAUCAAGACGGAGGUGACGGCAAGACGGGCACGGUGACAGACGUGCGCGGCUGGGAGACCGAGUCUGGACGUAGUGUGGCAAGCGUGCGCUGGUCUUCAGGUUCGACCAACGUCUACCGACUGGGACACCUGGGCAAAGUGGACCUGAGGUGCAUCCAGGACGUGCCGGGACCCACGUAUUACCGAGAUCACCUGCCUGUACUGGGCAUGGGCUCUGCAUCAGACCGGGCAGUUGUUACUCUGAGAGGCGCAUCGGCACAGUCGCAGCGCUCUCCGUUCAGCGUGGGAGACCGGGUGGAAGUGCUGCUUGACAUCGAGUCCUUAAAGAUCAUGCAGGAUGGGCAUGGUGGAUGGAAUCCCAAAAUGUCCGAGGUCAUAGGAAAAAUUGGCACAGUGCAUCGCGUGACAGAUCGUGGGGACAUCAGGGUCCAGUACGAGGGUUCUAACAACCGCUGGACAUUUCAUCCAGACGCCCUUACAAAGGUCGUGAUGUUUUCAGUAGGAGACAUGGUGAAAAUAUGUGACGACUUGCACAAGCUUAAGGAGUGGCAAGUGGGCCACGGCGAGUACAUUGACGCCAUGAAAGCGUGUCUUGGCAAACUUGGCAAGGUGGUCAAGCUGUACUCCGACGGUGACCUACGGGUGAGUGUGGACGGCCAGACGUGGACGUUCAACCCGCUGUGCGUAGUCCCAGUGCCUGGUUCAGCCACCGAGAUCAGCAACACGAUGACGGCCAACACGCGAGAAGAGCAUGCGAACCCACUGCUCAGUCACUUGCUGGCCGAGCAGCAGAGUGACGCAGGCAGCAUGGACCGCCUGGUGCGGGACGCGGCCCAGGGUCACCUGGAGGUGGUGCGCGAUCACCUUGCCAAACACCCGGACAGGGUGAACCAGAAGAGUUCGGGCAAGACAGCUUUGCAAGUGUCGAGCCACCAAGGCCAUCGAGAGAUUGUUGAGCUGUUGCUACAGUGCGGCGCCUCAGUUGACGCCCAGGACGACGAUGGAGACACUGCACUGCAUUACGCUGCAUUUGGCAACCAGCCUGUGAUCAUGGAGAUACUGUUGAAGGUGGGUGCCAACAUCAAUGCCGUCAACAGAGCCAAGUGCACAGCCCUGCACGUGGCAGUCAACAAGCAGCACACGAACUGCAUUCGGGUCCUGCUCAAGUUUCGCACUAUUCUCAACAUCAACAUCCAGGAUACAUACGGGGAUACUGCCCUUCACGACGCCAUUGGGAAAGACAGCGUUGACAUCAUAGACCUGCUCAUCGGUGUGCCGGAAGUCGACUUUUCACUCAAGAACAAGCGGGGUUUCAACGUACUUCAUCAUGCGGCUCUCAAGGGCAACAACUUUGCGACAGAAAAGCUGCUAUCACGGACAAGGCAGAUUGUUGACAUCAAGAAGGAUGAUGGCUUUGCAGCACUGCACCUUGCGGCUCUAAACGGCCAUUACUCCGUUGUGGAGACCCUGCUAACACAGGGCCAAUGCGAUGUGGACGUGCGCAACAACCGCAAGCAGACGCCGUUGCUGCUCGCAGUCAGCCAGGGCCAGUGUGGCAUUGUGGAGCUGCUGCUGGGCAUGGGAGCCCUGCUGGAUGCACAGGACGAGGACGGUGACACGGCCUUGCACCUGGCCCUGCUCAAGCGCCAGGCCCUGCAGAUCCCCGAAAAUGGCGAGGCACCUGCCACGGCCAUGAUUGCGAGCCAGCUGGCUGCUACAUGUCCUCCGGAAGUGGAUGGCAGCAGCCUGGCCCUCGCAUGCCUCCUCGUCAAGGAGGGUGCCGACCUGCACCGGCAGAACUUGGUGGGGCGGACGCCACUUGACCUUGCCGGCAGUCCAGCCGUCCAGGAGUUGCUGCAGCACUGGAGCACACUCAGGGAAAGUGCAUCUGCACUGACAGUGGCACCCACACUGGAACCACCCAGCGGAACAGCAGUCACAGUUUCAUCAGCUGAUGAGCUGCCUCAUGUCGCUGAAUGCCAGAUAUGCCUAGAGUCACCAGCCUCGGUGACUUUCGAGCCGUGUGGCCACCGUAUGGCCUGCGAAGACUGCAGCGUGCGCAUGAAGAAGUGCCUCACCUGCCACGAAGUCAUCACUCGCAAGCUGGAUGCCUCUGGCCGGGUGGUAGCGCCCUCAGGCAGUGGCCGCCAAGGUGGCGCUGGUGGGCCUGUGAGCCUGGAACGCCUACGGCAGCUGGAGUUGCGACUGCAGGAGAUGGAAGAGUGGCAGGGCUGCAGCAUCUGCCUGGAGCGGAGGCGCAAUGUGGCCUUUCUGUGCGGACACGGAGCAUGCAGCGUCUGUGCCCAGACUCUUCGCAUGUGCCACAUGUGUCGCAGGGCCAUCACCCGCAAGAUCUUUCUCUACUAGGCUCUUCUACCUCGUCCGUCGGGCAUCAGCAAUGAGUGUUUUUUCCUUCUUCUAGCACCGCACGGGCACCUCGAAGCAACAUUUGCACGUCACACCGGGGUAGUUACAAGAUGAUGCUUGUCUAUUGUUGUCUGCGUUGGGAAGCAUCAGCGGAACCACAUGUGGCGUAUCAACAAGAGCACCUGACAGCAGACCCACUGCCUGCACUGUGAACUUUCGAGUGCACACUUUCGUUUUAUUUUUAUUUUUCCCGGCGAUACAUUUGAAAUUGCAGCUGUAAAUGAUCACCUCCACGUUUCGCGAGUUUUGUCAUAAUGACAAGCCUCUUGCCCGUGGACUUCGUGCGUGCACUUUCUCCUCCUGUGUCAUUGCCGUCGGGGGCCCUGGUGUCGACGCAAGAACUGGCUGCAUCAUGUUGUCUUUUGUAAAUAGCUGGGGGCCUUCUUGCACACCUGAGGAACCUUGUGUCAUGACGACGCGACUGAAGUGCACAGAUACGAUUCAAACUGCAUAACCUCGGGCAGCAUUUCGAGAGCUCCAAAACCAUGGCUCUCUGGUAGUGCUCCAGUCGGCAUGCACGAGGGAACGUACAUGGUGCACCAAUUUUUCGUUUAGUGACCCCGUUCUGCGUUAGCACUUUCUCCGCAGAACUGUGAAAGGUUCGUUUCAGAGACUUAGGUCACGAUUACAAUGGAGAAGUUCACGUGACUUGGUGAGAGGUAGUGCACUCUACAUGUUAGUUUUAGUUAGGAUGAUGUUGCCACUUGUGUGGGUGUACAUUUUUGGGAUAUUAUGAGAGAAAUAGAUCUGACUUCAUUGUAUUGUGUAAAUAGUAGCCGUUCUGAAGUGACCGAAUUCAUUGUCUGUGUGUGAAAGUUGAGCUCUGCUUAUUGCUUGCAAUAAGGAAUGGGCACAGAACUGUGUGUAUGCUUUGCCUAUCACUAAUAGACCGAUCUUGCAGCGAGUUUUUGCCGCAACACUGCUCCCACUGCCACUUUAAGGGGCUGGUAGUCGCAGUCCUUAGUGAACUGCGUGACAACUAGUAGUAUAAUUGGAAGCCUGUAGCUCUGUUUACUAUUUACUGACUUCUUUUUUCCUGCAAUGGAGAGCUAUCGGAGAAAGGAUAGAUAGGUUUGGAGGAGAGGAGAAAGUUGUACAUUAGGGUUUGGGUUGAGGAGAUGCCCUUGCAUCUGUUACUUGACAGAUGUUUUGGCAAGCCUUCAGUCUGUCAAACUAUGAAUAUCACUUUCAUUCAUUACAAAGAAAUUGGGAGAAGCAUUUAGCUGGUGUCUACCCCCGUAAUAUUAUGCUCUCCCCCACAAAACACUGUGGGCAAUAACUCCAACAUAGAUGGCCUUGGCAUUCAGCUGAAGGUUCUCUUAGAGCCCAAGUACAGCUGGAGAGCGAUGAGGAUUACCGACAACACAGCACUUGAUGAGGCAGGUGAUCUUGAACCAGAGCGUGGCAAGAUCGGUCUAUUACCAAUUUUCCUGUAAUGCUUGUUGGAGCCUUCAUUGCAUUUGCCUCACAUUGAAAUGUGUUUUGCCCAUCGCUCAUUGAUAGUGACCUGUUCACAUAAUGUAUUAAUUGCUCAUGAUAAUUAACUAAUCAUUUUCAUUCUGCUGUAAAGUUUUUGGUUGUUACUUGAAUGCACUCUUCCAUUUGUUGUAUAGAAUUCGUGGCGAGUUGUCACGAUAAUUCAGGGGUGGUCAUAACGAAGUUGCCUCGUCAUUUUGAUGAGCUCGUACUGGGGGCUGGGUGUUUAGUAGUUUCUCAAUUAAAUACCUGCUGUUAACAGGUAGUUGCUUGGUUAAUUGGUUACAUUGAUUUAAGUGCAUACGUCUGAAACAGCGGAUCAAAGUUGCACAUUUUGCAUUCGAGAGUUGUUUUAAUUGUCAGAUCAGUGACACUGCGGAGUGUAAAUUGAAUUUGUGUUGAAGGCAGUGAAUGAGGAUCCUAACUACACCCAUUAUCCUGUCAUGAUAGAAGGUGGUUUACUCUAACAAAGGCGCUGUAUUUCCACGCAGUUGUGCGUGCAAAAGUGUGUUCAGCUCGCUGGACAUCAACCAGCUAUAACUGGUUAAAGAUAUUAGGUACCGUGAGUUAAGCAUAGAUAGUUUAAUGAGUCACUCAGCCAGCUCUCGAUAUCAUGUGCCAGAAAGGAUCCUGGCGCAGUCCGAAGUUUUCUCUGCUUUAUGUUGCAUGUUUGAGGAAGAGUAGCAAGAUCAAGUAGAUGCAUACAAGUAUAGUACAGUUUUCAGAUAAAUAUUAUGACAAUAUUCUGAUUGUCUUUUUUUUUUUUUCAUUUUACUGAAAUGUAAGCAGGAUUACUGAUCACUCGGGAUUACUACUGCACACAACAGCAAGAAAGUGUUGGUGCUUCUGCUGCUUGAGCCAACCUUCAAACACUUACAGCAACGUCCCUGGAGCCAUAUGACUGAGAAAAUGACUGCUUAUAGAGAACAUUUGAAAGGACAGGCUCUUUGGCUGGCAAAUAGCUUUUCAGUUUAACUUUUUAUCUUGACAUUUGCAUAGUGUUUGGUAAGAAUCUGCUCUCCCUUUAAACGCUAGCAAUGUAGAGAGUGUGUGUAGUACUGGAAGGAGUGUUUGUUGUGGUGUUGUGCCAAGGACAGUGAAAACGGGCAGCUCUGAAUGUCGGAGCAAAUGAGAUUGUCAUGUCCCUUUAUAGUACAUUGCAUUUUUUAUCGAACAUCUAAGGGGGAAAAAAAGCGACGUAUUGGUCUAGUCAGCGUUAUUCACGCCCAACAAGUCUUCCAUGACAUCUGCGUGUUUUGCCGUGGGCGUUAUUUUGCUCCUCAAUUAACUUUACUAAUGAGUGCAUAGUAGUAAGUAAUUUAGCCAUAGGUGCAGAGCUUCUUUUUUACUGCGCCACCUUGCUAUCUAUUGCUGCGCAUGUGCGAUAUGUGAACUGUAAUCCUAGGUAGGCCAGUUGCUGCAGCUCUUACAAUGCGUGUACACACUUAAAAAUGUUUUUUUUCUUUGGGAGUACAGACAUCAGCAUUGUAAUUGCACUUUAUUCCAUCAUUUGUAAGCACUGAUUAUAAUUGUAGCAGACAUUGGACCAGGUAAAUCUGCAAUGUUUAACCAUUGCAUUUGUUUAUGGUGCAGUUUCAGUUUCUCACGCUGUUGAACUUAUUGGAAUUGGCAGCUUGCAUAACUUUAAAAUGUGGGCAGAAGCAUUCUGAAGCCUGCAAGUUAAAUGCUCCAAUGUAAAGUGGGCCCCACAAAAGUUGUGUGUCGCGGAAUAUACAAAGAUUUCAUUUUUCAAUAUUUUUUUCCUUUUUUAUGUUUUGUAAAUGAAAUGUCUGAAUUACAUUAAUAGUAUCAUGAAGGCAAACUUUAAGUCAUGCUCAAGUGACAGAAUGUAUCCCUAGAAACAUCUCGGCCUUUGUUCUGCACUAGCAGAUGACUUUGAUCAUUGAAAAAAUUGUGCUUGAAGACUUAUCUCUUGGAGACAGCAGAUUGCCUUAGAAAAAAUGCAUAAGUCACUUGCAGAACGUCUUACUAAGUAACAAUAACUACCACCUGCUUUAAGUGUGAAGGCAGAACAAAAAUUGUGCCACAUGUCGCAAAUAGCACAGACUGUGCAGUAUGGAGAGGUGGGUUCUUGUCAUUGGGCUCUUUUGUAGGAAAACACAAUUGAAUUAGCCCAACUGGACUUCCAAUUGAAGUUUAAAUGUGGGUUAGGUGUCUGUUCCUUUUAUAAUUAUCUGUGGUUGAAUUCCAUUUAGCAAUUACUGUGAACAGAGCAAAAGACCUCAUGGAGAGCGGAUUCAGUAUUUUAGAUGGUAUCACCAAUCCAGCCUGACAUUCCUCGCUUGAAAAAGCCCUAUUCUUAGUAAAGUUGGCACUCUGAUCAUCCUGGAGUAUUAUUCACUUUAGCAUGACUUAACAUUUGCCUCUUGUGUCCUUUUCAAGGCCAUGUAGUCAAUGCCACAGCUGUGACCACUUUCACAUACAUGCUGUCAAGAACUCUCAUGAUUCACCUUGAGCGUCCGGUAUCUGGAAGAAGGAAAAAAUAAAACUUGGUAGUAAAAUAUCUCUUCUGUGCUUGGGAGUUUCAUAUCGAGCUUUGUAACUGGCAGGGAUAUUUCUGUCAUUCCUUAAGCACAAAGGGGAGAAGCCUAAAUUUUGAUGUCAGUACUCCUUUCUUUUUUUACAAAAUAUAGAACAGAAAACUUGUUGCUCAAGCUAUAGUGCAUAGUAGUCUUAAUUCUUUAUAGGUGAAGGGGAUGGCAGGUGCCAGUAGUGUUUUUUUAGGGCAUAUUUCACUCUUGUGCACAGUUUUGCAUCUAUAUGGCAUUGCUGAAGUUGCAUCAGUCUUCUUGUAGAUGUUCCAUGUGACUUGCCCUUUCGCAGCUUUCAGGCCUUUUUCUUGUUUCCUGUUUGCUGCCUAGAACGUUGCUUCUUGAAGACAUAUUUCACUGCAGUGACAUUAGAGGUUUAGGAACAGUGGGUGGGUUGAUAGGCCUAGAGGGCUCGAGAAAGGGCAUUGCCAUUGCUACACAUGUGGUGAACCUGAACUCUGCUCGACUCCUUUUUUGUUGUAUGCAGGACCAGUAAUGUACAGCAAGUUUGGGUAUGCUGUUUCUGAAGCUACCUAUUGAAAGCUAUGAAAACUACACAACUUAGCCAUUUCCUCAUCGUCGGUGGUUUAGAGUGCAACAGCCGCUCUCAUUGUAUUGUGAAGCAUGCAUAGCCUGCGACUAUAAGUGCUGUCUCUGAAAAUUAGCCCUAGCUGCUGACAAUAUGCAGAGAAAUCGCAGCAUAAUCUGUGUCGCUGUUUGUCUCUCUCAGUGCCUUUUCUUUUUCCUUUUUCUGUGCGGCAGGUGUUGAGACAAAGUAAAGAGUGUUGAAAAUAAUGUGCUUGUAUAAAAAGUCUCCCGGUGGUCUAAACUUUCAAUUUGUUGCAUUACACCCCACCCAAGUAGACUUGUCGUGAUUGGUUGAAGACAAGCUUUACUCAAGAAUCUCUAGGGGAGACAUUUAUUUCCUUGUCUGCUUUUUCUGUUUUCAAGUAAGACUUACAAUAUUUCUCUACUGUUAUUCUUCGUAUUUUUCCCGAGUUGUUUACUUUGUAGGUGAUUUACUACAGAGCUGUUGUUGAAACUUCUUUUUCUUUCUUCUAUAGUAUGUUAAUUUAAGAAAACUCAUUUCUACCAGAACGAACAUGCAUAUCCCAGUACGAUUGUGUUGUUCAUGUAGACUGCUAAUUUCGAUGCACUUGUGCUUGUGAUUGCUGUGUUACUUGCUUGAGUAUGACAUGUAAAGCACCUUUGUUAAAGUUUUGGUACUUAUGUUCAUUUUAUCGCAUUAUUUCAAGGCAAAAUACUUAGAUCAUAUCCAAGAGUGAUUGCAUCCUGGUCACUUAGGCUAGAAACAUAUUUUUUUUUAAUGGAACUACUGAUAAGAUAUUCAGGAAAUGUAACUGUGUUAUCCGAAAACUUAGGAGCAGUUGCUUGUAUUUUCUUUUUCCAACAUGUAUGUUAUGUUUGAGUGGCUGUUGCUCACAUCCAAAGCAUCUUAUCAUUGUGUCAGGCAUAAUUUAUCAUCCCGUGGUAUCAUCUCUCAGAAAUCAUUUCAUGCAUUGCUGUAUUGCUUCAUGAUGAAUGAGUGGUAUCUACAUACUGUUGUAAACACUGGUGGCAUAUUCUUUAUGUUCAGGUGAAUUCAGAAUUAAUCUUAAGUUUUUCUUCCCAGCAUCUCUGCCUUUGUUUUACCUCAAACUGUGUUUAAACUGAUUUUGGAGGAUUAUCACACACCUGGUCCUCGGUCAUUCUUCCGCAAGAAAAGGAAACAAAGUGAAAUGAAGCAAAAUGACCACACCCACAUCAGAAGGAAGGAAAAGAUGCACAGGAAGCAAGAGACACAUUGUUGUUGCUAAAUUUCUUGGGCAGCAACUAGAUGCAGGCCUACCCUCCUCCUGUUGAAACUGGCUGACCCUGUGCUACUCGGGAAUGUGCACUUUUUGCGCUUGUGGACAGAUUUGAGAAACGGCAGCUUCAAGGACGUGUCUAGGAAGAUGGCGCCCUGCGUUCAUGAGUUUCAGACGUGUUUUUGCAUGCCAGAGCGACUAAAUGCUCAUUAAGCGACAAGGCAUAUUGAUGAUGACUAUUCAUUUUAGCAUCACUUUUAGUGCUGGUUUACAGCAUAAGUCCAGUCCUGCAAAGCCGAACUUUCAAAAAGCUCUACUGCUUUUUUUUGUUUCCUUUUCUUUGCUCUGUUCCUUGAAAGGUGUAUUACGCCAUUUGAGAUUUUGGAAGUAGAUAAGGCUAGUGAUACUACAUAGGCCCAGUACAAAGUACACAAGUCGCACGUACAGCAACCUAUGCAUGCCUGUAAGAUUAGUCACACCGGUGAUGGAGCUUCUACGAUUUCCUAGUUUCGGAGCGAUGACCAUAUCAUGUAAAAGACUAUGAGAGCACAGUGCUGUCUAUUGCUCAGUAGAAUGUACAAGAGUUGCCUCCUCGGGAGAGUCAGAAGGUGGACUGCUCUCCAUGUUUACUAUAGCGCAGUGUCUGUACAACACUAGCCCUAGCCGCAAUUGGAGCCUUACUGAUAGUCUUAAACCAGUAGAAAAAAGAAAAAAGGCCGUGCCUACAUAUUUUUACAACACGGCGGCAGCAUUAGGGUGGGGAGAAGAGUCCCUGGGAAGCUCCUGCACAUAUCUCUCUACUUCUUAGCUUUCGCGCUGCAGGCAGGCAUGCCAAGGCACAGUACAAGGUGUGCCACGCAACUAAAUAGUUCAUUAUAGCUUAUUAGCCUUAGUGAGUGCAUUGCACUUUUACGCAGUUUUGGCAGUAUUUUGACUUUUGAAAUGCCGCGUGCAGUUUUUCCACAGCAUGCCGCCUUGAGGUACGUGCGCGUGGUAGUGUAAUCCUGGAGCAUUGCUAGUGUAGCACGCCUGCAGGAGUGUGUGAUAUCUUGUGGGUCGUACUUUGUUUUCUUCUUUUUUCUGGCACAUUAUACUUCUUGCAACUCAGUCCAUAGAUAGUCGAUGUUUAAGCAAGGACACACGUGUUCGCCGUACCACAUAUGCAGUGUUCAUUGCAUGCAUGUCAAUAGGUUGAAAUUAGUGUGUUCGGUGUACCUUCUCUGCACAUUUGCAGAAAACAGUUGGGGAUGGUUUGUUUCUUUCAGAAAUGAUUGAACUUUCUGUGUGUUCGUGUUCUCACUUUUUGUGUGGUAGAUGCUGCCUGCAUAAUUUGUACUGCAGUGUGUUUCUAUGUGUGAAGUGUUGUGUCGUCUCCUCUGAAAUGAAAGAUGUGGAAGCGAGGUCGAUGCCGCUGACCAUUUGGUGAUCUUUGUGGGAGUGAUUCAAGAAAUGGUAGCUGAAACGCAGAUGACGGGAAACUUGUUUAUUUCAUUGAUACAUAAUUGUCAAUUCCACGAUUGCUUUUAAUAUGUUUAAAUAUUUGAAAUGGCCUGACUCUGCUAGACAUGUUGAGCCCUGAAACUCUUCAUUGUGAGCUCAAAAUCUUGUCCUACUAAAGCGGUUUUUGAGGUUUAGCAGUAAAUUGCUUGUUACCGGAUGUUUGCCCAGAUUUUUUUGUGCCUGAUGAUGAUAUGAACGUUGACCAUAGCAUUCAUUUCAUAAUUUUUUUUUUCAGUAAUGGUCAGCAAAAUUUGUAAUUCCUGUAGUUGAAAAAUUAUUUUAAUUUGUUUUACCUUUGGCAGGUCACAGUGAAGCACCAGAAGUUUCUUUGUGUAAAUAUUGGGACAAGCGUUGUGAGAAAACAUUGCUGACCAGUGUUGUGUGGUACUGUGUGCAGAAAAAGUUGAGAUAUUUCGUUUGUUGUGCUAACGCCCCUUGUCCGCAAUGUGAAGUGCAAAUCCUGCAAAUGAUUCAUUGCACUCUGAGUAGUGGUCUUCGGCUUAAGUUGGGUUUCUAAAUCUUUUUCCAGUUUUGACUCUAACUAUCGCACUAACAAUGUGCCUCUUACCUGAGCUGUCCAGGUCACGCAUUUCAGCUUGAAAACAUAAGCAUUGUUCAUACGGCAGCAGUUUUUCUUUGUGAACAAGCCUACUUUACUGGUCAGAUUACAUUUGGAUUGAACGUAAAUAAGAUGCCAGUAGCAAUGACUUUGUGUUGCUUUUUGUUCAUUUGUUUGUCUACAGAAGUAAAAAUUUUCAGGCCUGGCUGUAUGCCACUCUUGCAACCGACUUGCAUCCCAUGUUGCGGUGCAGUUUUUGAGCGCUUGAAAGUGUUUUGUCAUGGGAAUGUGUACAGUAACUUACUUGAGUGACGUGUGAUAUACAAUAGUGAUCAGUCACUUUUGCGAUGCCCCACUUGUACUUUGCCUACUAGAAAUAUGCCAGUGGCCCACCCCCAUCACUUCCCUCCCGUUUUGCGGGUUCUCAGGUUGUCCUCCUCGUGUGCUUGUGUCAGACUAUUUUUGUCGCACACCAUCUGAUGGGCACUUAUUUAAUGAAUAAACCCUGAAUUACACUCUGG